AAGUUAGGUUGGAAACACAGCAGGAUUGCUAGCAAGAACUCCAUCCACUUCCUUCACAAUGCUGCCAGACAUCUUUAACUCAAAGGCUAUAGCAGUGUGCAUUGGGGUGCUAAUGCUCAGCUAUCAGGUCUGCUCAAGUCCCAUCCAGAAAGCUGAUUCCUCCAGUGUGGUUGACAGUCCAGCCUCCUUCAGCUUGCAGGCUCUAAAGCGGUUCGCUCGGAUGACGCCCCUCUGGAGAAACAUUGGCACCAAACCCCACGGAGCGUACUGCCAGCACCACCACGAGUGCUCAACCAAGAUCUGCAGGGAGGGCCAUUGUUCACUGACCCAGCACUUCAAAUCCUAAGAGGAGUGAGAGAGAGUCUUAUUUGGAAGCAGGAAGAAGUACGAGCAAGUGAUGGGCUGCAAUUCUUAACUACUCCAGAUACUGAAAUACUGAAAUAAUACCAGUACUGUAUAUUUAUAUAUUUGCUAUGUUAUAUAAUCAAUGUGAAUUGGAAAACAGGAUUUUUUCAAAUUUUAUGAGGAAAGGUUAUUAUGAAAGCUCAUGUGUAGAGUACUUUGUUAUGGUAUCAAGGUACUAAAAAACAAAAGGGUUGCUGUUUAAUGCUUAAAUAAAUUCUGUAUUCUACCAAGACACCUGGAAGCAAAAAGUAUACUAGGCAUUGACUUGGGUAGUCCAGAUUGUGCAAGUUAAUAAGUGUUAAUAAUAUGAUUUCCAGCUUCCUUUUGUAAUAUAAUAAACUUGCAGUAGAUCAAGACAAGCGCCCCAAUAUUUAAUAAACUGACAUGAGCAGAUUUGUAUACAACAGACAAUGAAAGACAUCAAAUUCCCUUUUUUUAACAGAAAAGACUUGAAUGUAUGAGAAGAUAAGUUAACUGGAGUCAAGGUUUUUAUACCAGCAAGAGAUUUGGUUAUCUCCAAAUCCUAUCAAUGUGUUUCUGAGCCACUUAAGAUGUUGGUGACUUGCACAGAGUGGAAUGUAAACUGUUUUAAUAAAGUAUUGUAAAAAAAAGCUACUUGUUUUUGGUGUAACGUCUAUCAGAACUGUUCUGCAUUUUGCUGUAUGAUGGAAAGUGAGGGAAAUUGUCAUUAAAACAUUUUUAAAGCAUAAA